AGCGAGCGCCGCGCUCAUCGAUUCAUCUGCGUUCGCUUGCCUGUGUCUGCUGUGGCUGCUGCGUGAUUGCUCUGGUCUGGCUGUGUGUAUUUCCAUCGUGGGACAGGUAAUAACAGGCUUCCCGGGAACUCGUGUGUCCGGUAAGGGUGUCCCGUACCCGCUCCGUUACCCACUGCCGCUGCGCUCCUCUCGUCACGUUCUUAAAGUGAAAUAAUGGGUCGUCGCUCUUCAGACUCUGAGGUGGAAGCCAAGGCACGCAAAAAGAAGAAACAUCGCCGGCGGUCUUCCUCCAGUAGCUCAUCUGAGGGCAGAACACGCAGUCGAAAGAAAUCGGGAAGAAGAUCAAGGUCUCGCUCACGAGAUGCAUACUCAAGCUCUCACUCCUAUGACAAAAGACGCAGGCGCCGUUCUAGCAGUGCAUCAUCUUAUAGCUCAAGGAGGAAACGAAGUUCCAGCAGAUCCCGAGCUACAGGGAAAUCGCGCAAAGUCCACAAAUCCAGAAAAUCGAGGUCACGGUCAAGACACGGGCAUCGCUCUCACAGCCGUAGUAGUGAUCACUCCAGCCGCAGAAGAUCCCGUAGCAGGUCCUAUGACCGAGAAAGGGGAAAAGCCAGAGUGAAAGGAAAGCCUAAAGAGAAGGACAGAGGAAAAGAGAGAGAGUCAGCUUCCAAACCUACCAAACUUGGGGACUCGGUAAACAUCAAAGCUGGAUUAGAACAUCUGACUCCUGUUGAAAAGGCCAAAGCAACACUGCAGAUGGUUCUCCAAGCUGCCGCAAAAGCGGAUGAAGCAUUACGAGCAAAGGAGAAGAGUGAAGAGGAUGCCAGAAAGCGUAAAGAAGAAGACCAAAUGUUGCUGGUAGAUCAGGUGAAACGCGUGAAGGAAAUUGAAGCUAUUGAAAGUGACUCUUUUAUCCCACAAGUGUUCAGAUCCAGUCGGGAGACAAAAACACCAGCAGAGGCCAGCGAGACAAAGCAUGAGUCUGCCAUAUUAGGGGCUACGUCUUUAGAUUUGAUUGGGGAUGAGAAGGAAGCAGAUAUUGGUACUAUCCCAACUGCUAUCAAAUACUUGGAUGAAAGCUCCAUUGCACACCCAAAUCUGUACAUUGAGAAGGCCGAAGCUGAGGAGAAAUGGUAUAAAAGGCUGACUUCCCUCCGACAAGAGAGACUGAUGGGCAGCCCCGUGGCCUGAGCAGCUAGACUUAGUCGUCCUUAUACUGGUUGUUACCUUAGUUUUUAUGUUAUGCCUAUUAAAUAUUUUUUAUGAAA